UCAUUUUCUCUCUGGAACGAGUUAACGCAGGGUGUUUAUAGACUCAACGUGUAUAUAGUUUACGUAGUAAUCAGUGCUUUACGUAUGAUGAUUUAAUUUUUCUAUCAGUUUCUACAUCACUCAUUUGUCACAUGGAUACUUAUUUGUUAUUAAUAGUAAAAAUUAAUUUAUUGCAUUUCAUAUAAAUAAUAAAAUGUCACAUCAUUAUUAUCAUAAAUUAUAUUCAUUACCUAAAAGGACAGUAUCAUCAUUAAAUAAUUGUAUUUAUUCGAAGCAUAAACACGUGAAAUCACAUACUAUUUUACAUAAUAAUGAAAAAGGUUAUAUUUAUAAUUUAAAUACAUUUAAAAAUGUCGAUUGUGUAUGUUUAUUACACAAAUUUAUCAACAAUAAUUUAUCACGUCCGUCAUUGAAUAUUUCACUGUUUUCAUGGGAUAAAAAUUCAAGAAAAAAAGAAUACAAAAAAGAUAACUGGAAUUUAAAAAAUUUGGGUUUUGUGUUAAGUGGGAUAGGAUUGAUAGUUGCCAAUUGUCAUGAAAACUUUUCACAAGAGAAACGAUUUUUUAGAGCAGCUCAGUACGGAAAUAUAACUGAUUUAAAAAAGACAGUAGCUGAUGGGUUUGAUGUAAAUAGUAGGCACGUUUUUGGGUGGACAGCAUUACAAUGUGCAGCAAUUAAUGGUAAAGUUGAUGCAGUUAAAUUUUUAUUAAGUAAAGGUGCUGAUGUUAAUGCAGGAGAUGAAUUUGUUAAUGUUUAUAAAACUGCUAAGGAGAAGGGUGUCCAUUAUUUGGAUGUUCUUAUGAAUCGUGAAGAAGAAUUUUCUGAUAGAUUAAAUAAUAGAGCUUCAUUCAAAGGAUUUACAGCUUUACAUUAUGCUGUACUUGCUGAUUCUAUGCCAUGCGUUCAAGCAUUGUUAGAUGCUGGUGCAGAUCCAACAAUUGAAAAUGAAUCGGGACAUAGAGCUGUUGAAUAUUCCAGAAGCACUGAAAUUAAAGAGUUACUUAAUAGACAUUCUAAAAAGUAUGAUGAAAUAAUGAAAGCUAAGGAAGCAGAAGAACGACGACGAUUUCCAUUAGAGCAGAGAUUGAAGCAGCAUAUUGUUGGUCAAGAAGGUCCUAUUUCUAUUGUAGCUUCGACGAUUAGAAGAAAAGAAAAUGGUUGGAUUGAUGAGGAACAUCCAUUGGUAUUUUUAUUUCUUGGUUCAUCUGGCAUUGGAAAAACAGAAUUAGCUAAACAGUUGGCUGCUUAUAUUCAUAAAAAUAAACCUGAUGGAUUUAUAAGAUUAGAUAUGUCAGAGUAUCAGGAAAAACAUGAAGUUGCUAAAUUAAUUGGAGCUCCACCUGGAUAUGUUGGUCAUGAUGACGGAGGUCAGUUGACUAAAUUAUUAAAAAAAAAUCCAAAUGCUGUAGUACUUUUUGAUGAAGUUGACAAAGCACAUCCUGAUGUUCUUACUGUUUUACUACAAUUAUUUGACGAGGGUAGAUUAACUGACGGUAAAGGAAAGACAAUAGAAUGUAAAGACGCUAUUUUUAUAAUGACAUCAAACCUUGCAAGUGAAGAAAUUGCUGAGCAUGCGAUGCAAUUGCGAGCUGAAGCAGAACGGGUAUUGAAUAAAAGACUUGAUGAAAAUUCAGAUGAAGAUCAGCAACCAGAACAUAUUGUAAUUUCACGAAACUUCAAAGACGAAGUGGUACGGCCGAUACUAAAGGCCCAUUUCCGUCGGGAUGAAUUUCUCGGUAGAAUCAAUGAGAUCGUUUAUUUUUUGCCUUUCUCUCGCUCUGAAUUAAUAAAAUUAGUAGCUCGUGAAUUAGAGACAUGGGCAAAGAGAGCCAAAGAAAGGCAUAUGAUUGAAUUAAAAUGGGAUCGUGAAGUUCUUUCAGUUUUAGCUGAUGGAUAUGACUCACAUUAUGGUGCGCGUUCGAUUAAAUAUGAAGUUGAAAGACGUGUUGUUAAUCAAUUGGCUGCUGCGCAUGAACGUGGGCAAAUUGGUAAAAAGUCCUGCGUUAAACUAAAAACUAAAUGGCAUGAAAAUGGUGCCAGUAUUACAUUAUCUGUACGACCAGCUGGUGUUAAAGAUUUUGUUGACAUUGCUGAAACAGAUAAUCUUAUAAAAAAUGUCAAUGGUAUCUUUUGACAGGGGAUUAUAUGAAUGUUAAAUUUAUUCUGUGCCAUAAAUUUUACUUUUGUAGAAAUAUUUAACGUUAUAUUAUUUUUAUAAUAAAAUAAUCAAAUUUU